AUGGAUUAUAGAGAAGCAGGACCUACCAGAAAGUUAAUGCAGCCAUCAGGCAGUAGCAGGAAGGUCGGAGCGCCGGCCUGCACCGUGGCCUACUGCUGGCAGGAAGGGAAGGAUCGAAUCGUAUUUGUGACCAAAGAAGACCAUGAAACUCCAAGCAACGUGGAGCUGGCGUCCGACGACCCCAAUGAUCCGUACAAGGAGCACGGGCUGAUCCUGCCCCACAGAGAUCUCAGCUGGAACUGCCCGUGCCUUGGGGGCAUGGCCAGCGUGGCGUGUGGGGAACAGUUCAAGGCGGCCUUUUCCUGCUUCCGCUGCAGCACAGAGGAUGUCAAGGGGUCGGACUGUGUAGACCAGUUCUGGGCCAUGCGGGAGUGCAUGCAGAAGUACCCGGACCUCUAUCCCCAGGAGGAGAAGGAGAAGCCAACGGAUCGAUUAGAGGAAAUGGCUGCCUCUGAGGCCACCACAACCAAAAAAGAGGAGGGGUCCAGCUGA